UAGUCUAUAGCAACGGCCAAUGAAAUAUGAAUGGCAUGUUGAAUUUUUUGUUUUGAAGAAGUCUUCUUUGGGAACGUGAAUUUUUGAAUAAUUAUAUUUUUUAAAUUUGAAUUUAAAUUCUCAAAAGGUGUAGCAAACAUAUCGGAACUCACGAUGCACCUAUGAGAAACAUUCGUAGUUUGUAAUUGACGCGAAAAAUUUUUGUUAUUGAUUCGAUGUUUUUGGAUUCAAAUAUGGAUUAUUACAAGAAUAAAAGUCCUGCUAGCUCAAACGGAAAUGAUAACGACAGCGACAGCAGUUCUUCGACCGAAGAAGAAGAAAACAAAAUUCGUGUCGGAAAAGAUUAUCAAGCUGUUGUUCCAGAUCUCAUACCGGAAUCAGAACGAAAUUCAGAAGAAUAUUUGGACAAAGCAUUACUCGUAUGGUCUCCAACAUAUCAAAUUAGCGAUUUAGAAGUGGACGAUUAUAUCCAUUUGGCAAAAAAUAAUUACGGCUACAACGGCGAACAAGCUUUGGGUAUGUUAUUUUGGCAUAAACAUGAUUUACAACAGGCGAUGAACGAUUUGGCCAACUUUACACCAUUUCCCGAAGAAUGGACACCGGAGGAUAAAGCAUUAUUUGAACAAGCAUUCCAAUUCCAUGGAAAAAACUUUUACCGAAUCAGGCAAAUGCUUCCAGAAAAGUCAAUUCCUACUUUAGUUAAAUAUUAUUAUUCUUGGAAAAAAACGAAAAGUAGAACCAGCCUAAUGGACAGACAAGCUCGAAAAUUAGCUAUUACACGUAAUAACAACGCUACAGAAGAAGGCGCUGCACCUACUAGUGAUCAUGGUUCUGAGGGUGGAUCUAAUACGGAUUCGGACUCCGAUGAUAAAAAAUGGAUUAUACAUCGUGGCAUACGUCGUGAAAGUGGCUCACCGCCUCGUCAAUCUCUUUCAGGUGGAGAAAAUUCGAAAGAUAAGGAUACUUCGAACGGUGGUCAAAAACAAAACAACACUUGCGUUAAUUGCGGAGUUUUGUGCAAUGAAACACACUCCACUGCUAAAGGACUCAUGUGCAGAACUUGCGCUCUUCAUUUCAAGAAAACUGGUAACCCUCGUCCUACUUUUGGACCGGCCCGUGGACGCGCUGAGCGCCACCAUGUAUUACCCAGAAAUAAAUGCACUCCACCUAGAGGAAUGUAUAUUAAUCACGACGAUUUGAUCGCUAUUGCCUCCGGAUCGGAAACUCAACCGGACUAUAUUCUCAAGUCCAUGGAUCGCGAGCUUUUAACUCUAAAACGUAUUGUUCAAAAUAACAAACAGAGCAUCAGUUUGGCUAAAAACAGAACAUCCAAAGGGGUCGAAACGUAUAAACGAAUUAUCAACGCGCAUUCGAACCACCGUGUUUGCCCAACUUGGUCUAAUGAGGAAGUAUUGCUCGCGGUGCAAGCUAUCCGUAACUUCGGUAAAGAUUUUCAAGCGAUCGCUGACAUCGUCGGAACUAAGACUAAAGCGCAUGUGAAAUCAUUCUACACCACCAACAGAAAACGUUUCAAUCUGGAUUUGUUGUUACAAGAUCACCAGAGAAAUUUCGGAGGGCUUCCUGGUCGCAGCAAACCAGCUAAAAAUGCUGAAGCGACCGAUAUGGACGUCGUAGAAGAAAUAUCUUCCGAUAGUGAAGACGUGGAUGACCCGGACCCAGUACCGAAUCCGAAUUCGUCACCCUCAUCGCCUUUGUCCAACAUCAACAAUAGCAGUACAACGUUCAAUGAACCUCGAAGUUCGUCGAGGUUAUCGAGCAUUGGGCAUCGUCGUCGUCACCCUUCUGUCCAUUUGGAAAAACGACUACCUAUGCAGGAUAUUGUCAUCGAGAUCGAUUGAGAAAGUCACUUCAAGAUGUGAUGAUAUAUAGAUGUAUACUGCCUGGGAUACCGUAGUCCCAAUGUUAUUGUAAUUUAUUGAAUAUAAAAAAAUAUUGAAAAGAA